GCUAUAAGCUUAUUCUUAACAUAUAUGUAACGCUGUAGACUGCUGACAAAUGACAAUAUUUGAUGAUGAAAAUGCAGAGCACUUAACUAUACUCAAUAGUGAUGUUUUUUAAACUGGUUUACAUGCUUCUACAAUAUUAAAAUUUUGAUUUUCGUGAUAAUUUUGGAUUGAUGAAACCUAUUUAUCAAUCUGGUUGCGCAAAAAGAAAGAAAAAGCUUUAAAUGAUGAAGCCAACAAAAAAAUACGGAACUCGCCAGCGGAAAUCAACUUCAAGUAUUUCAUUAUCGCCUAAAAGAUAUAAGAAGAAUGGAGCCAAUCAAGAUUCUUCAGAGCUGUUGAGUCGACCAUCAACAAGUACUGCUUCUGAUUCGCCUUCGACCUACUUUAAAUCGGCUUUAAAUGGCUAUGUGAAAACAAUCUACUUAACAAACGUAAACUUUUUGGAUAUAGAAGAAUUUCUUUUAUCCAAUCAACAAACAUUCAAUGCUGAGGUGACAAAGAAGAUGCAAAUCCAAGAUUUGAAAGUGAAUUGUAGAUUAACGGGUCUUUACAAGAAAGUUACAAAUGAUAAAAUAGUGCGCGAGGAAAAGAAUUUUGAAACUAAAAACACUCUGAUUCUACUAUCAACUGAUUUAGAAGAGUUUUAUUCAAGUAUUAUGAGCAAACUGUUGACCGAAGCAGAAGACUUUAAAACAAGGGAUUCAGGUUGGUCAUUGGAUGAAAUCAUUGCAUUUGAAAUCCGCUUCAAUAAAUAUAAUCCUUUACGGGCUUCGGGAUUCAUCUCGCUUCCACCUGUUAUUAAUAAUAAAGUGGCAGUUGUUAAUGUUAAAAAUGAUGAUAAUGAAUGCUUCAAGUGGGCAAUUCUUUCUGCUCUACAUCCCCCGCAAGCGAAUCCAAAUAGAAUUUCUCACUACAGACCGUUUGCAAACACACUGAAUUUUUCGAACAUUCCCUUCCCCGUUAAACUGCAAGAUGUGAAAGAGUUCGAAAAGUUAAAUGACAUCUCAAUUAAUGUGUAUGGACUGGAUGAAAAAAAUGAAGUGUUUCCUCUAAUUCUCACAGAACAAAAAAAACCUCAGCAUGUUGAUCUUUUAUAUUUGAUAACUGAAACCGAUUUUCAUUUCUGCUGGAUAAAACACCUCUCACGGCUGUUAUCUCCUCAGUAUUCUCGACAUAAUGGAAGAAAGUAUAUUUGCCGAAGGUGUUUGCAGUUUUUUACGACAAAUGAUAUACUUACGAGGCAUGAAGUGAGCUGCAAUCAGCGCGAAGCUGUGCGAGUGAAAAUGCCGACAGAUAAAUGGCUUAAGUUUAAAAACGUAAAGCAUACUCAGCGAGUUCCCUUUGUAAUAUAUGCGGAUUUGGAGAGCUUACUGAAACCCAUAGACUCUUGUGGGCCGUCUCCAGGUGCGUCGUUUACUGAAAAAUAUCAGAAACAUGAACCCAUCAGUUUUUGUUAUUUUGUUUGUGGCAUUGAUGGACUUAAUAAACCACCUUAUGUUUAUCGUGGAAGAGAUGCAGCGAAAAUAUUUAUGGAGAAAAUGCGGGAGGAAGCACUUAUCAUCUAUGAAAAAUAUAAUAAACCGCGGCCAAUGAAAUCAUUAACUAAAAAACAAACACAUCAGUAUGAGUCAGCAACUCAUUGUUAUGUGUGUGAUAGUGAAUUUUCUGUGAAAAAUCGCAAGGUCACAGAUCACUGCCAUGUAACACGGAUAUUUCGUGGGGCAAGCUGCAACAAGUGCAAUAUGCAAAUUACAGUGCCAAAUUUCAUCCCCGUCAUUUUUCACAAUUUUUCCGGCUAUGACAGUCAUCUUUUUAUUAGGGAACUAGGAAAAAACGGAGACAAUAUCAAUGCUAUUGCUGAAAACACCGAAAAAUAUAUUUCCUUUUCUGAGUAUGUUUCAGGAAAAAUUUACCUUCGUUUUAUCGACUCUUCCCGUUUCAUGGCCAGCAGUUUGGAUCAGCUCGCAAGAAAUCUAACUCGUAAUCAAUUUGUCAACAUGAAGAAGUUUUUCUCACGACCACAAGUGCCUCUAGUACUCCGUAAAGGAGUAUAUCCAUACGAUUACAUUGAUCAUGAAAAUAAAUUUAAAGAAACGACAUUACCUCCACCAAGUGCUUUCCAUUCCAAAUUAAAUGACUGCCCAAUUUCUAAUGAAGAUUACGAAAAUGCAAAAAAAGUUUGGCAAACUUUUAAGAUGUCUUCACUUGGAGAAUACUCAGAUCUUUAUGUAAAAACGGAUGCUUUGCUCCUGGCUGAUGUGUUUGAAAAUUUUAGAGAUGUAUGCAUGAGACAUUAUAAUUUGGAUCCAGCCUGGUACUUCACGGCACCAGGAUUAUCAUGGGAUGCAAUGCUUAAGAAAACUAAGAUUUCCAUAGAGCUUCUCACUGACUAUGAUAUGAUUCUUUUCAUAGAAAAUGGUAUUCGUGGUGGUAUUUCACAAUGCUCUCACCGCUAUGGAUCUGCGAACAAUAAGUAUAUGGAAGCCUAUGAUUCAUCGAAGCCAUCUAAUUAUUUAUUGUACUUAGAUGCAAACAACUUAUACGGUUGGGCCAUGUCUCAGCCAUUACCCCUUCAAGAUUUUAAAUGGGUAGAACCACCAACGGAUGUGUUAUCCAUUUCGGAUGAUGGUCCACUUGGUUUCAUCUUUGAGGUGGACUUAGAUUACCCCAAAGAUCUUCAUGACCAACAUUCUGAUCUUCCUCUUGCACCAGAAACCAGGAUUCCACCUGGGUGCAAAGAUAAAAGACUGCUCACAACUCUUUACCAUAAGGAAAAGUACGUUCUUCACUAUCGUAAUUUAAAGUUCUACUUAGAACAAGGAUUAAUAUUAAAAAAGGUUCAUAGAGUUCUCCAGUUCAAUCAGUCCCCAUGGUUGAAGAAUUACAUUGAUUUGAACACUGACCUCCGGACAGAUGCCGCUAAUGAAUUUGAAAAAUCUUUUUUUAAACUAAUGAACAAUGCCGUUUUCGGCAAAACAUUGGAAAACAUCCGUAAACAUGUAAACAUCAAGCUAUGCAGUUCUGAAAAGAAGGCAGAGAAAUUAAUUUCUCGGUACAAUUUUCGUGACAGGACCAUCCUUACUGAACAACUAAUAGCGAUCCACAUGAGAAAAACUGAAAUUACAUUUAAUAAACCUAUCAGCAUCGGAAUGGCUGUACUGGACAUUUCAAAAAUCCUUAUGUAUAAGUUUCAUUAUACGAAAAUGAAAACGAAGUAUGAAGAGAAAAUUAAAUUACUCUAUACUGAUACUGAUAGUUUCAUUUAUGACAUCACUACUGAAGAUGUCUAUUCAGAUAUGAAUGAAGAUUUGGAUAGUUUCGAUACUAGUGAUUAUCCUGAGGAUAAUAUUUAUGGUACUCCUCGAAAAAAUAAAAAAGUUUUGGGAGUUAUGAAAGAUGAGAAUAAUGGAGAGAUCAUGAUUGAAUUCAUAGGUUUAAGAUCCAAAAUGUAUGCUUUUAAAGUCAAGGAACAGGUAACCAAGAAACUGAAAGGUAUUAAGAAAGCAACAAUUGAAAAAAGGAUUGAGUUCGAAGAUUAUAAAAAAUGCCUUUUUGAGAAUCAAGAACUUCAUACCACAAUGAAUACAAUUCAAUCCAAGAGACAUGAGUUAACGUCAGUAACAAUUAAUAAAUUAGCUUUAUCACCUUAUGAUCAUAAACGCUAUGUUUUAGAUGAUAAAGUAAGCACAGUUCCUUUUGGACAUUAUUUAUUUCCAGAAAGUUGAGAAUGACUAAGGGAAAAUUAUAAAUCGAUCGAAAAAUAAUUCUUUUUUGAGUGGAUCUCUUACGAUGGUGUUAUUAAGAGCAACUGACAUUUAUUUGAGACCAUCUCCUUAAACAUAACAGUUUGGAAAAAAAACAUUCGGAUAAGAAAGCACCAUUGCAUAAAUUGAAUGAAUUAAUUUUAUUUUUUUUCCUCUUAAAUGUCAUAUAUGAAAUCCCUUUCAAUAUACAGGGUGUCUCAGUUAAACGUUUCAGAACUCCUAAGAGGGGUAGGGUGCAUCCUGACGACUCGGAAUCAUAUAGCAAUGCGGGGUCAGAAAUGCCUUCCUGAAGCGGGGAUGUACACUGAAGCACCUUAAAGAAAAGACCGUAAGUGAAAAAUCGUUUUAAUAAUACAUUACCACCCUACCCCUCUUAGGAGUUCUGAAACGUUUAACUGAGACAACCUGUAUUUAUUUCUCCAUUAAAAUUGUAUAAUUAAAACAAAACUUUAAGAAAUCUGCUAAGUAUGCUCACAGAAAUGCAAAUUGGAAACCUAAAAAAUAAAUAAAUGAUUCUUCAUUGUUUUAAAUCUUUUGACAUUAA